AUGGUGUUGUCUAUUGACGUGUCAUACUUUGUGGCUUGCUCUCGAAUUUUUCGUGGUCAGAGCCCGCCCGCGGCCACGAGCAGGCUCUUUGGGAGCAGAAUCAAUGCCGAGGAUGACAUUAUGCCCAAAGUGACCUCUGAGAGCGCGAGCGGGCGUGGUUUGAUCAAUUUGAUGCUGUUUUCAAAAAUUUCGUUCUCGCUGUUGUUGAUGUUUUGGGCGGCUAGAACAGGACAUUUGUACUGCAGGAUCACGGGAACAACAGGGACUCACUCGGGAACGGAAGAACUAUGGUACAAGUCACGUGAUGAUAAGAUAAGACUGAGCAGGUAG